AGAGAGAUGGUGACACCCAAAACAGAUAUAUAAUAGAACGAUAGAUACACAGGCACAGACACAACACACAAUCUCAUCUUUUGAUAUACAAUUAAUUUUCCUUCUAAUUUAAAUCCCCAACAAUUCAUCAUAUUAAUUACACACACAAAUCCAUGGGGUUGAAGGCCACAGAACCUUCCGGCGACCAUUCAUCGCCGGAGCCGCCACAACCGCCGCCACGGAAGUCGCCGGAAUCCCUCAAGUGUCCGAGGUGCGGUUCCGACAACACCAAGUUCUGUUAUUACAACAACUACAACAAGUCUCAGCCCCGACACUUCUGCAAAUCCUGCAAGAGGCAUUGGACCAAAGGCGGCACUCUCCGGAACGUCCCCGUCGGCGGCGGCCGGAAAACCACCAAACGCCUCCGGACCAAUUUUCCGGCGGCCGAUAGUGCCCAGCCGCCGCGCCGCCAGGGUCGCGCCGGAUUAUUACCUUUCGACGAGGAAAUAAUUAACACGCCGAUGAUUGGCGGCUCCGAUUUAGCUGAUACGACAUCGUUGCAUGACGUUAAGCCGCCUUUGUUGGAUCAAAAUCCGACUCCCAAUCCUAUAGUCAUUAAUGAUCUCAUUAAUGAUCAGUAUUCUGGGAUUAGUUUGUUCGAUUCUUCUUAUGUAUCCGGCAAUGGCGGCGCAAUUCCAGUUCCGAUUCCGAAUCUAACUCCGAACUUGAAUAUGAAUAACGAUGUGGAUUAUUUGUCGAAUAAUUAUUUCUGGAAUUGGGAUUGGAAUUAUUGGAAAGGGAUCGGCGACGUGUUCGUGGGAUCAUCCGACGUUGUUUGGGACGAUGUCUACGCCGAGACAAAACCCUAGCUAAGAAGCAUCCUAGCCUGAUCGAGUUUUAAUUAAUUAAUUUAAUUUGUUGUUUUUAAAAUUUAAAAUUUUGAUUUUAAGGAUUUGUAUGCAUAGGUUGAUUAAUAGUAGUUAAGAUUGUUGGUUAAGGGCAUGGUUCAGUUGUGUAAUUUAAUAUAAAAUAUUGUACACUAGCUAUUUGAAUACCAUAUAUAGUUUUCAAAUUCUAGUAUUUCUGGA